UGCUUUUUGUGAAUAAGCUGGCGGAGCUUUCGUUAUCCGUUGGAAACAGUGCGAAGAAAUUAAGUUUGAAAUUGCAGUUCAGUCUUGUCGUGAAUGCAGCGUGGAUCGAUAUCGGAGCUCAGAGCAGCGGAAGGCGCUGUUUAGCAAAUUUCGACACACAAAAUUUUUCUACCCCUCAAAAUUGAACCGAAAAAUCAGCAAGAAUUACUUUUCCCCACUUAAAACGAAUAAGCGCCGUGCCACAAGCCAGUCCAAAUCGUUACAUAAAGAAAAGCAACCAAAUACCACGGAAUACAAAUUGUGUAAUUGAACAGAGAUCAAAGUGUGUGCAAAAAAUGAAACGUACCCAAUCAAUAAAUCAAUCGAUACGCAUAAAUAACUGAUUAGCUGGCUGUGGAAGAAAGUCAAGAAAGUGCCCUUUUUGGGGGCAUUUGGUGUGUGAGGUGCUUAGAAAAUUUUUCGCCACAUGCAGUGAAAAAUUUUUCCGAAUUUUAGUAUGUACAUGUACGUUGAAGCGCUCGUGAGCGCCACGAAAUCGGGUGGCAGGGGUAUCCGGCGAGCUUUUGGCCAGACCAUGGCCCCCCGAAUUGGCAGUACAGCCGCCGCUGUCCGAGUAACGGUUGUCUGACCCCGUACCAAUGCGAAAUAUGUGCCCGUUUUUAAUUAGUUUGCCAAACAUUAUGCAAAUCAAGUGUACGAAAUGUCAAAAACUCAAGGUGCCCAUCAUUAAGGACCAAGAAACCAGUCGAAAUUACAAGCAUAAAUCAGUGCAGUGAAGUUAACAGUGGAAUAGUACCGUAAACAGUCCUGUUAGCUCCCCAAACGAGCUUUCACUCUCCCGCGCUCUCCCACUCUCUUUUUGGCAGGCGCGGAUAAAACGGAUUCUCGACUCUAACACCAACGCAAGGACACGCGGAAAGCUCGCGCUCAAGGACUGGAAUACGCGAGAAGUGAUAGAGUGUUAGAGAGAGAGAGAGAGAGAGAGUGCCACUUUACGUUUACGCGCGCAACGUGCGUAGGUGCCUCUGUGAGGGUGAGCAGCCUGUGAGUGUGAAUGAAGGCGCCACAUAGUGCAACAUAUCAGAAUAACAACUAUGCUCCCGCGGCCAUGACAGCCACCAUGGACAGGGAUCAUCAGCAGCAGCAGGAGCUGAGGCUCCUGCCCGCCCAGCGCAGCAACGGCCACGCCUCCCCCUCCAGCACCUCCGCCUCCGCCUUCGCCUCCCCGGACUUGCGGUUCAACAAGGCCCGUCGUCGGCGGAGAAGCGAGCAAGUGCCUCCCGUGAUCGUGGAAUACCGUCGCUCAUACCGCGUGCUCAUCGUCAGCGCCCUGCUGGUCAGCUUGGCGGCCAGUUUCGUGACCCUCAGCGCCGGCUUCCAGUUGGACGGAUCCCAGAACUCCUUCUACACGUUCCGCAAGUGGUACACUGGGCUGAAUGGCACGCUCGAGCUGGAGUUCAAGACGGAGCAGCCGAACGGAUUGGUCCUCUACACCGACGACGGUGGCACCUACGACUUCUUCGAACUGAAGCUGGUGGAAGGAGCCCUCCGAUUGAGAUACAACCUGGGCGGUGGAGCCCAGAUCAUCACCGUGGGCAGGGAGUUGCACGAUGGCCACUGGCACAAGGUGCAGGUCCUGCGGAACGACGAGCAGACCUCGCUCAUCGUCGACGGAGUCUCGCAGCAGCGGUCCACCAAGGGCAAGGAGUUCCAGUUCGGCAAGUUCGCCAGCAACUCGGACGUCUAUGUGGGCGGCAUGCCCAACUGGUACAGCAGCAAGCUGGCCCUGCUCGCCCUGCCCAGCGUCAUCUUCGAGCCGCGUUUCCGGGGCGCCAUCCGGAACCUGGUCUAUGCGGAUCAGCCAGGCGGCUCCACCAGGCGUCAGGAGAUCAAGCAGCAGCGGGACAUCAAGUGCGGCGAUGUGCCCUGCGACCACGGCGAACUGCCCGCCCGCGAAAGACCCCUCAGGGGCGUUCGUGGCAACACUACCGAUGCCUGCGAGCGGAACGAUCCGUGCCAGCACGGCGGCAUCUGCAUCUCCACUGAUUCCGGUCCAAUUUGCGAGUGUCGAAACCUCGAGUACGAUGGCCAGUAUUGUGAGAAGGAGAAGGCGCCAUCGGAAGCAACGUUCCGCGGUACACAGUUCCUCUCGUACGACUUGGGCCAGACGGGCGCCGAGCCGAUAGUGAGUGCCCAGGAUGCCAUAUCCUUCUACUUCCGCACGCGCCAGCCCAAUGGCCUCUUGUUCUACACGGGCCACGGCACGGACUAUCUGAAUCUGGCGCUGCGGGAUGGAGGCGUCUCGUUGACCAUGGGUUUGGCCAAUGGCAAGCAGGAGAUGCACAUCAAACCGUCGAAGGUGCGCUUCGAUGAUCACCAGUGGCACAAGGUCACCGUGCACCGUCGCAUCCAGGAGAUCUCCUCCAUCACCAGCUUUUGUAGGUUGGUCACUGUGGUGGACGAUGUGUACACGGAUCACUCGCACAUCGCCGGCAAGUUCACCAUGCUCUCCUCCUCGCGGGUUUAUGUGGGUGGUGCCGUCAAUCCCAGGGCUCUUUUGGGCGCCCGUGUCCACACCAACUUCGUGGGCUGCCUGCGCAAAGUGGAGUUCUCGGCGGAUACGUUGAAUCUGAACCUCAUAGACCUGGCCAAGAGUGGAUCUAAACUCAUCCAGGUGGCUGGCAAUCUGGAGUACCAGUGCCCCAGUGGCGACCCACAGGAUCCCGUGACCUUUACCACACGCGAAUCGCAUUUGGUUCUGCCUCCUUGGGAAACUGGCAAACAGAGUUCUAUAAGCUUCAAGUUCCGAACCAAGGAACCCAAUGGCAUCAUUGUCCUGGCUACAGGAUCCAAGCAGCCAAGAGCCAAGAAUCCCGUCUUGAUUGCUAUCGAGCUGCUGAAUGGCCACAUCUACAUCCAUUUGGACCUCGGAUCCGGGGCCUCCAAGGUGCGAGCCUCGCGACGUCGCGUGGACGAUGGCGACUGGCAUGACCUGAUUCUGCGGCGGAAUGGACGCGACGCCAAGGUGAGCGUGGAUGGCGUUUGGAACGACUUCCGGACGCCCGGCGACGGCACCAUCCUCGAGCUGGACGGGCACAUGUACCUGGGCGGAGUGGGACCCGCCUACAAUAGCGUGGCCUGGCCGGCGGCCAUUUGGACGGCCACUUUGCGCCAGGGAUUCGUGGGCUGCUUGCGUGACCUGGUGCUAAGUGGCAAGGCAAUCGAUAUAGCGGCCUUUGCACGCGUCCAGGAUUCGGCCUCCGUGAAGCCAUCGUGCCACGUGCAAGCCAACGUGUGCAAUGGCAAUCCUUGCCUGAACGGAGGCACCUGCCUGGAGGGCUGGAACCGACCCAUCUGCGACUGCUCGGCCACCUUGUACGGCGGACCCACCUGCGGCCGGGAACUGGCCACGCUGGCCUUCAACGGCAGCCAGCACAUGACCAUCUGGUUGGGCAACGGACAGGGCACCAAGACGCAGACCGAGGAGCUGGUGAUCCGCUUCAAGACCUCCCGUCCGGCGGGACUCCUGCUGUUGACCAGCGCCGAGUCCAACUCCCCGGACCGGCUGGAGAUCGCUCUGGUGGCGGGAAGGGUGCGGGCCAGUGUGCGGCUGAGCGACCGCGAGAAGAACCUGCUGGCCGGCCAGUCGGUGCUCAACGACAACAACUGGCACACGAUCCGGUUUUCGCGCAGAGCCUCCAAUCUGCGGCUACAAGUCGACGGGGCUCCCCCCGUCAGGGGUAUGUUAUCCGAAACGAUCCUGGGCCGCCACAGCACCAUGGAGAUCCGCUCGAUCCACCUGGGCGGUCUCUUCCACGCCGAGGAGGAGAUCCAGAUGACCUCCACCAUGCCGAACUUUGUGGGCCAGAUGCAGGGAUUGGUUUUCAAUGGCCAGCGCUAUUUGGACAUUGCCAAGAGCCUGGGACCGGAGCUCUCGGCUCUGCCCAGUGCCACCUUCAAGUUAACGGCCCGCUUCGUGAACUCUCCGGCCGGACAGCCCUACCAUGCGGCCACCUUCCGCUCCAAGCACUCCUACGUGGGAUUGGCCAUGUUGAAGGCCUACAACAGCAUCUCCAUUGAUUUCCGUUUCAAGACAGUGGAACCCAAUGGCUUGCUGGUCUUCAAUGGCGGACGACGCAAUGACUUCGUGGCAGUGGAACUGGUAAAUGGGCACAUACACUACACCUUCGAUUUGGGCGAUGGACCGGUGACGAUGAGGGACAAGUCCCGCAUUCACAUGAACGACAACCGCUGGCAUCAGGUCAGCAUCAGGCGUCCGGGACCCAAAACCCAUACGCUCACCGUGGAUGACUCCUUCGAGAUCAUUAGUUUGACUGGAAACAAUAUGCACUUGGAGCUGGCGGGCAUCCUGUACAUUGGCGGCGUCUUCAAGGACAUGUACUCCAAGCUGCCGGCCUCGAUCUCCUCGAGGUCUGGCUUCGAGGGCUGUCUGGCCUCCUUGGACUUGGGCGAUGCCUCUCCCUCGCUGACCAGCGAUGCAGUGGUUCCCAGCUCCCUGGUGGUCACUGGCUGCGAGGGACCCACCAAGUGCAGUCAGAAUGCCUGUGCCAAUCGGGGAAACUGUGUGCAGCAGUGGAAUGCCUACGCCUGCGAGUGCGACAUGACCUCCUACACAGGACCCACCUGCUACGAUGAAUCGAUAGCCUAUGAGUUUGGCAACAACAAGGGCAUGGUGCAGUACGCAUUCCCCGAAAACGCACAGGCUGACACCGAGGAGGACAACAUUGCAUUGGGCUUCAUAACGACAAGGCCGGAUGCGGUGCUCCUGCGGGUGGAGAGCGCCACCACGCAGGACUACAUGGAGCUGGAGAUUGUGGAGGGCAACAUCUUCAUGGUGUACAACAUUGGGAGCGUGGACCUGCCGCUGGGCGAGAUCGGGACGAAGGUGAACGACAAUGCCUACCAUGUGGUGAGGUUCCAGCGGAAGGGAGGCAAUGCCACGCUCCAGCUGGACGACUACAAUGUGCAGGCACUCACGCCGCAGAGCCACCAUUCGACCGUGUUCAAUACCAUGUCCAACGUUCAGGUCGGCGGCAAGUUCAGUCGGAACGGUCGCAAUCGCAUUGAGCGACCGUUCGCCGGCGUGAUUGCCGGACUGUCGGUGAACAAGUUGCGCAUUCUGGACUUGGCCGUCGAACGCGACCCCCAUAUCACCAUCCGCGGAGAUGUUCAAUUGGUAACUGGAGUAUUAGAUAGAAAUGAUCUGCAGAGAAUGCAGCAGACUUUGAACUCUACUCGACAGACGCCGGCGAGUGGUUAUCCGGGUGCGCUGGACGAUCUGAUCUUCUCGGGAGCCGGAUCCGGAUGUCGUGGCGAUGACGAGGACGAGUGCACGCCACCGUUUGAGUCCGGAAGCGGAGAUGAUCUGAUAACGCCGGUAUAUGUGCCGCCCACCAAGCAGACAACCACCUCCCAGCAGGGAAAUAGCCUGAGCACGGGUGGCAAUAACAGUGGCGGUGGAGGCAACACCAAUGGCACGGAGCGGGCCUGCGACGAUGAGGACUGCGUCCAUGGAUCCGGCGACUACGGCGAGACCACAGAGCAGUUCACCUCGACGAGCACGGCCCGGGGUUCAGAGUCCAACAAUGAGCUGGUGCCGAUAACCACCACGGGACGCAGCGAUGUGACCACCGAGCAGCAGCAACAUCAUGGCAGCAGUAGCAGCUCCAUCAGCAUGAGCGGCAGUACCCCAUCCUAUGCCACCACGCAGUCGUCGAGCAGCAGCAGCGGAGGAUCCGGAUCCGGAUCAGGAUCGGGAGUAUCGGGAAGCAGCACGCCGGGACAAGUAAGCAGCACAAGCAGCAGUGUGGCCACCACUUCUACGCAGAGGGCCACCAGCAGCAGCACCAGCACGAGCACCAGUUCGACGUCCACGACCUCUACAACCACCACCACGCAGGCCACUCCGCCGCCGGAGAUCCGGAGCACGGUCACGGAGCGGGACACCACCACAUACGAUGUGUAUGUGGCAGGUGGCGGCCUGGGCGGAUCCGGACGCCAUGACCACGAUCGCAUGCAGCUGCCCGAUGAGCACCAUCCACUGCCACCCCUACCGCCUCCGAUUCCGCCGCAGGAUCCCCCACCAUACGGGCCCUAUGGCGGGAACACCUACAACACCAACAUGAACAACAACUAUCGGCCGAAGAGCAAGGGCGGCAGGAUCAACUCGAUCGAGGAGGAGCGCACGGCCAUGAUCAUUGGCAUAGUGGCGGGCAUACUCAUCGCAGUGGUGCUGGUUAUCCUGCUGGUCCUGUGGCUCAAAUCGAACGGGGAUCGUGGCUACAAGACGGAGAGUGAGAAGGCCGCUGCCUACGGCUCGCACAAUCCCAAUGCCGCCCUGCUCGGGAAUACCAGCACCAAUGGAUCGUACCAUCAGCAAAGGCAGCACCACCUGCAGGGCGGAGGAGGAGGGGGAGGAUUAGGAGCGGGUGGCGGAGGAGCAGGACAUCAGCAGCAUCAUGGCCAACAGCAGAUGCACAAUGGCCAUAAUGGAAACGGAAAUGGAGGAGGCGGCGGCGGCGGCAUGAUGUCCAGCGGAAGUGGGUCACUGGGCUACGGCAGCGAUGGACGACCCCAGAUGGCGGGCCUAGUCCAACCGAAGGCCAAGAAGCGAGACUCCAAGGACGUCAAGGAGUGGUAUGUGUAAGGCGAUGAAAGGUCGCAAGGAAUUAUCGUCAAAUUAGCAAUAAAUGCAAAUAGUGCAAAGCGAGCCGAAAGUGAAAGUCCCCCCUAAGAUACAUACACGAACACACACACACAAACACACAUAAGCGUAUAUAAAUAUAUAUAUUUAUUUAGCAGCCUCAUAAAGUUAAUUAAACAAUUAGACGUCGGACACUGGGUGUACAAACGGAAAGGCAAGGAUAAUAAUAACCAAUAAACGAUGGCUGAUAGCGUUAGCAGCAAGCAGAUAGACACGCAAAUACUUUAGACAAGUGCAUCUGGCCAGGAGCAUUGGUUCACCCUAAAGAGUAACGUUUAGAUUACGCCUAAGAAAUUAUAGCUUCAACUUCAAAGACUUGCUAGUAGAGAUCUACCACUGGAGCCACUGGAGCAGCCAAGCCACAUCCAUCAGCGAAUAAGCAUAUGAAUUACACUAAACGAAUACAAACUAUAUAUAUUAUAUAUAUCACAACGUUACGAUCAAAUUAUGCCACUAGCCAAUCAAGUAAUUGUGUAAAAUAUUUCGCCACAAAGUAUGCUAUGAAAAGUUCGCAAGAGGAGAACCCAAUUAAACGGCAAAUCUUCUAGCAAAAAAAAAAAACCAAACAAACUAAACAACUUAGCAGAAAUUCAAUAUAAACGUACUUAAAUAUAUAUAUAUAUAUUUAUAUGUAAACGUAAAGUAAUGAGGUUCUGAAUGAGUCAUUUUUCUUCGCGUGUAAAGUUACAAAAUGUGGUGCUGUAAACGUAGGAGACAAGAUCAUUUGUUGACUACAAUAAUAAUAAUUAAAUAAUAGUGAGGAAUGCAAGAAUUUAUGCUACAGAUUGUUUGUUGAAUUGAAACCGGCUUUAAUUAGUUAAAAUGUAAAUGAGAUAAUACUGAAUACUAACUAACCAUGAAAUCAAAGACAAAAGAAAAUACGGAGGACACAGUAGAUACCCACGAUUUGGUUGACGUAUACGUGAUGCGACUUUUUCGUUUGCGUGCAGCAACUCAAUGCGACUUUGUGUUAGUCUUUUCCACUCCCGAGCCCAACACAUAUACUUUUUAUAUGUAUUUGAGACUAUAUAUUGUCACCGACCUGCGUGCAAUAUGAACUCAGACAUAUCAAGAAAAAGACAAGACACUAGACACAAUCACACACACCAAACACGCGACACUCUAAAAAAAAACACUGAAGCGAACCUACCUAGCUUUUCUACUACCACUGCUAAUCAAUGUGAGCGAACAUUACUUUACCGUCGAGAGAACGAGGACGAAAACGAAAUCAAGCAACAAUUUUACAGUAUUAUAGCAGCUUUAAGCGUAUUUUUCGAAGCCAACGUGACGUAUACACAAUCUGCAGUCACCAGGACACACCACACACCCACACACGCCUACACCUACACAGACAGACACACCAGCACACAUACAGAAGCGAGAUUCGAUUUUCCGCAAGCGGCCCUUAAAUUCUGUAUACAUCUAUAAUCGUAUAUAUCAUUUUGAAGAGCUAUAUUCAAAUUUUUGCUUCAUUAUCAAUACCAAUUAGUGUAUCAUUUUGGAUUAGAUAUACAAAAUACCUAUAUACACUCGAUAUACUAACUAAUACACGCACACGCACACACUCACCUCACACACGCACUCCCAAAGUCACUCAUUUGAACACUAGCGAAAUUACUGGACAUACUUCUCUCAAAUUCUUAAUGGAAAAAAAGGCGAGGUAUGCUGUAUAUACCUAGGAAAGUACUAUAUAUACACGAAUAUAUAUACAUUUAAAAACUAAAACAACAUAUAUACUGCAUUUCAAAAAACUUUUGAUAUAUUUUCGAGUUUUUUAAACCCUUAACUUGUAUACAAAAAAGGAAGCGAAAGGCGAAAUCACGAGACAAACUAGCGAAUCUAGCUGAAAUGAACACCUAGGACAAUUACAAUUAACAUACAAGUACAUAGCGAAACACAGUACAUAGGCAGACAAAAACACAAUUAUAUACGCAUACAUCCAAACUAUACUAUUUAUAAAUGUACAUCUAUACAACAUAUACAUAUACGAGUAUAACUAACGAACAAUGAUUAUUAUGUAUUACGUCCCUUCGAUUUGAUAAUGAAACCAAACGAGAAACCACAAAUUUUAAACGCUGUUGAUAACCAAAACCAUUCCCACUUAUAUAUGUAACACUCUCUCCCGAUAACUUUCUCUCUAUCUCUUCACAAUGUUAAUGCUGCACAAUGAAAACUCUGCAUUUAAAGUAAACCACUAACGUUUAUUCAUUUCAAGAUUCAAGAGAAAACCAAAUUAAAUAUAACUAAUUAUACAAAUUUGCCUUGCGAAUUAUCAGCGAGCACACGAUAUUGAAUCCAGAAUGGGAAUUAAAUAUAUGUAUCCGCCCCCAGAAAAAAAGAAGGAUUUUCUUCAUUGUUUCCCAAGAAAUUACAUUUUAUUAGAGAUCAAAAGCAAGUCAAGGUAAAUGUUAUGUAUGUAUGAUAUAGUGACAGGAUCGUAAAGGACGAGUACAGUUAGUUGUAUGGGUAACAGUAACAUAGUUAAAGCAUGUAACGUAAUAGUUCAAGAGGUCAAGAGGUCAAGGAGCAGAGCGUGCGAGAAACGAUCGUGAGUAUCGGUACUAAAACUUACUUCUACUUAGGCUUAAUAUCAUUGUUAUCUAAUCUAUACAUAUAUAUAAACCGACACACACACAACACCCCCACAUAUAACAGAGAAUAUGUAUAUGAACAUGUAUUGGACGCGCGGCGCUUGAGCUGUGCCUACUUAUAUAUAUAUUUAACAAAUUGUAACGUGUAUGUAUAUGUAGCGGCAGUGAUUGUUAAAGAAAUUGCUUUGUUUUGUGUUAGAUUUUAUAAUUUACGAGAAAAACAAAAAAAAUACAAAAAUUGUAAAACGCAUACAAAUACAGAAUGACUGACAAAACACAGAAUUAUAACAUUGCAUAUAAUAAAUACAAUAAAAAUAUAAUUGAAAAAAA